AAAUUAUCCCAAGAAUGUAAACAUGUUAAAAUUAAAUCUGAUAUUAUUGUUAAAAAUUAUAUCAUUUUCAUAUGGUUUAAAGGAAGAAAAUGUACUGCAAACGGAAGUUUUUCAAGUUACCAUAAAUCCUUCAAUGUUUAAUUGGACUUACUCUAAUGAACAAUAUACUUACGAGAUCACAUUAGCAGGCGCCCCAGAUCUACCUUCGUGGUUAAAAUAUGUUUACAGUAACAAACAUCAUUCAGUUUUUGUCUAUGGUGUGGCUCCAAUUGGUAAAAAAUCAGUUUCACUGGACGUUGUAGCUCUAAAUAGAAAGACUUAUGAGACUAGAGUUGAACAAAUUAAAAUUAAUAUAGCGGAAAAACUUAAUCCAGCGUUGUAUGAGGUUUAUUUAAAGAUUAACAAUAUUAAUGUUGAGGAUAUGUUUGAUGUUGAACGUAUGGAGGCUCUAAAAGAUAUUUUUCGUAAGGAACUGUGGAAAGACAGUGGCACCGAUUUGUAUGUUACAUAUUUAAACUCUGCACUUGAUAUUGGGGCUAGAAAACCGCCAAAUCCAACUGAGGAAGAAGGAGUCGUAAUUCGUUUAGGUAGCCAGGAAGCUUUUUCACAUGAAAUGAUUGGAUUACAGGAAGAGGUCAGACCUCUUUGGAAAAUGACGUUGUGUCCUUUUAAAAGGACUUCAGUGGAAAGAUAUUUUAGGACUGCUGGAUUCGCUUUGGACUGGUGUUUGUUUAGAUUGAUAGGAGAAAAUAAUUCUGCCAUUGGUGUAAAUGAAAAAUUAUCAUAUCAAGAACCUAAUGAUGUUUUAAUUGAUACUAUUUCAAAAGAUGAUAUACCAAAACGAGAUUACUUCAAUGACUAUCUAUUGGCAACAAUGGUGCCAAUUGGAAUUAACUUGAUACUCGUUUGUUUGGUGUCUUUUAUUAUUUGCGCCAAACAUGAUUCAUUAAAGGAUGAAGAAAGUGAAAAGUUUUUUAAUGAAAUAUUUCACAUAUGCACUGAUUGUGUAGAUGACUGUAAAAGAGAUGAGAGAGAGUUAACCCCGCCCCAAGAACCGGGGAAGUACGAAGGCAUGAGUAAUGAGCCUCUGUACGCGAUCAACAGUGAUAUGAGUCUUUCCCCGGAGCCAAUGCUGUUCAGUUUGACGAACAGUCCCACCUCUACAUUGGGCCAUGGGGUGCAUUGCCGGCCAAGCCCACCUCCGUACGUCAGGCCGAAAUUCAAGCCCGAAUUGUGACAGUUGGAGAACGGGGGUGUCGAGGAGAAGACAUGGUUUUGUUAAGAUUUGAGUGUAUCUUACAUGGAAUGUACCAUAGAUUAGAGAAUCUGUAGAUUAUUUGGCACUUUUUGCUAAUAAUUUUAACAUUUAGUUAUUAAAUAAUGUUGCCAUAUAUAAUCCUAAUAAAUUUCUUUUAUUGCAUAUGUAUACUCCAUUCAUAGGCUGAAAUAAAUAGGAAAUAAUAAAAAUAAUAUAUAAUAAUAAUAAUAAAAC